GUCGGGAUUGGCCGGGCCCCAGGCGCGGGAUGCCGGCUUCCCCCCGUCAGAGGCGCUAAAUGUCCCGCGGUGGCGGGCGAGGGGGAGAGGCUCGCGGGCGGCCAUGAGGCGCCUUCCGUCGGGAAAGGCGCGCGGGGCUCCGCCGGGGUGGCUGAGCGGCGCCCUCGGGGCCUUCCUUUGCCUCGCCCUCGCGGCGGCGGCGGCGGCGGAGAAGGAGCAGCGGGUGCGUCAGGCCUGCGACACCUGCCGCGGAAUCACGGAGCGCUUCAGCCAGGUGAGGGAUGCCGCGACUCCUCAGCCGCCUCCUCCUUCCCCCCCUUUAACAGUGGCAGAUUUAUGUAUAAGCUAAACAAGCUAGAUCUGAGGGCCCCACUCUCUUGGGGGACCCCAAAAAAUUUAAAGGGAAAAAACUGGAUGUAUAAGUUUUUUAUAAAAUAUAUAAGAUAAAAAUAUAAAAAACAUAUAAAAUAAAACCUACAUACGUCAACAGUGUUUUGUGUUGUGUAGGCUCCUAUGAUGUAAGUAAUGGGCCCUGCCUGCUAGCCUGCUCUCUAAAAUAUCACUGGUUUGGUCAUUUCUUAUUGAUUAAUUAGUGUUUUUAUGGAGCAGUCAAGUAAUUUCGUUGUCCCCGAAGGGGGCAAUGACAAUAAAGAUAUUAUUAUUAUUAUUAUUAUUAUUAUUAUUAUUCUAUAUAUAGGGUUGUAUUUCACUAUUAAUAUCCUUCUUAUUUAUUGUAUUUCAGUUCAACAAUUAUAUAGGGUGCCUAUAUUCUGCAUGGACUGGUUGCAUGGUAACAUGUGCAAAUGGCUUUAGAUACCUAUUAGGUCCAUAAAUUGCCAUAUAACAGAUAUUCAGCACAAAAAACAGUGACAAUUUGCUGUUGACAAAAGACAGCCGGACACAGAAAGGGCCCCAUUAGCUUCACUAGCUUAAAGGUAAAGGUAAAGGACCCCUGACAGUUAAGUCCAGUCGCGAACGAUUCUGGCUUUACGGCGCUCAUCUCGCUUUACUAGCCGAGGGAGCCGACGUUUGUCCGCAGACAGUUUUUCUCAAAGCAAGUCACCUUUCGGGGAAGUGAAAAUCUUUGGCUAUAUGUAAUAUGGCUUAUUGAUUUGAAUACUUGUAUUAUACUCUCAAAGACAAUAAACCCAACAUGCAACAAAAGUGAACAACAAAACAUUAUACAGUGGUACCUCGGGUUACAUACGCUUCAGGUUACAGACUCCACUAACCCAGAAAUAGUACCUCAGGUUAAGAACUUUGCUUCAGGAUGAGAACAGAAAUCGUGCUCCGGCAGCAGGAGGCCCCAUUAGCUAAAGUGGUGCUUCAGGUUAAGAACAGUUUCAGGUUAAGAACGGAUCUCUGGAAUGAAUUAAGUACUUAACCCGAGGUACCACUGUAUAAGAUAAAAAACAAAUAAAACAAAACCUACAUACAGGUAAAGGGACCCCUGACCAUUAGGUCGAAUCGUGGCCGACUCUGGGGUUGCAGCGCUCAUCUCGCUUUAUUGGCCAAGGGAGCUGGCGUACAGCUUCCGGGUCAUGUGGCCAGCAUGACUAAGCCGCUUCUGGCGAACCAGAGCAGCGCACGGAAACGCCCUUUACCUUCCCGCCAGAGCAGUACCUAUUUAUCUACUUGCACUUUGAUGUGCUUUGAACUGCUAGGUUGGCAGGAGCAGGGACCGAGCAACGGGAACUCACCCCAUCGCGGUCAUUCAAACUGCUGACCUUCUGAUCGGCAAGUCCUAGGCUCUGUGGUUUAACCCAUAGCGCCACACACGUCCCCUACAUACAGGUAGAGCUUAAUAAUUAUUUCACUAUUAAUAUACUUCUUAAUUGUAUUUCAGUUCAACAAUUACUUUGAUAAAAUACAUAUUUUGUUAUGUGCAAAUUGCUUUAGAUUAUUGUUAUUAUUUAUUUAUUAAACUUGUAUACCGCCCUUCAUCUGCAGAUCCCAGAGCAGUUCACAACAUAAAAUUGCAAUAUAAAAAACACAGUUAAGUCCAUAAAUUACCAUAUAGCAUAUAUUCAACACUAAAAACAGCAACAGUUUGUGGUUGACAUUACCUUCAGUAGCUUAGGGCCUCAUUAAUCCGGCCCUGUCCCCCUACAUCAGGCAUAGGCAACCUUCGGCCCUCCAGAUGUUUUGAGACUAUAAUUCCCAUCAUCCCUGACCACUUUGUCCUGUUAGCUAGGGAUCAUGGGAGUUGUAGGCCAACACUUCUGGAGGGCCGAAGGUUGCCUAUGCCUGCCCUACAUCUUAAUUUGGAUUCAAUUGUGACAGGUGAAGGGCCGCCUCGCAUCUUUGGCUUGCCUUCUCUCUCCCUCUUUCUUACCCCAUCUCCCUACCUCUAGCCUCCCUUUCCCCCCUAUCUUGACAUUUCAAUUUUUAAAUCAUAAUUUUUAUUUCAUAAUAAUAUAAUUUGUUAUUUCUACCCCACCCAUUUGGCUGGGUUUCCCCAGCCACACUGGGCAGCUUUCAACAGAACAUUAAAAACAGGGGAACAAAAACUUCAAACAUUAAAAACUUCCCUAAACAAUUACAAUUUUACAAUUUCAAGUAAGCAUUUUUACAAACUUAAAAAUAGCCAGUGACUAUCCUUCUUCUCUUUCCAUGGCAUCGUGUCUUUAUGUAGAUAUUUAGGUGGAUCAAAGCUUAAUUCUAAAGGGGGGGCGGGAAGAAUAAUCAGCAUCAUGUCUGUACAAGGUACCACUUUAUGUAGAUCCUUGGUUUUGGGUAGAGAAAGGUAGGAUAUGGUAGGGCAACUGAAAUGAUCUAGGUGGAUGGAGGAAAUAUCCCUGCUCCCCGUGAGAUGCCUGGCAAUGCGAUGGAAAAACAGCUCAAAAAACUUCCCCCAGAAAGCUCAACAAUUUGGUGGGUUUCCUAAAAAACAAAACAAAACAAAAACAGCUCCAGGUCAAUGAAAUUAUAGGGUUUUGCUGCAAAUGUGUACAAAAUCUAAUAAUGUGAACAAAACCUGGUGAAGGAUCAAUAAUAACAUUGCAAUUUCCCUACUCCUUAGCAUAGCUUCUAGCCAGUAGAAUAAUAACAGAGAAUAAAUGAGUUCUUGCUGCUCAGUCAUUUUGCAUUAGUAAUUCCUGGCUGUUUCCAAAAGUGCAAGCAGAUUAAUCACAUAAAAAAAAGGGGGGGGAGACUCUAGUGAAGAACACACACAAUAAAAAUAUCCCCUUUUCUCCAAAUUAAGAAGGUCCCACAUUGCUUCCACCUUACCUCACAAGGAUAUUUCCUCUGUCCCCCUGGAUCAUUUCAGUUGCCCUCUGCAUUUUCGGCAUUGCCUACCAUAUCAUAGCACAGGGGUAUUAAUAAUAAUAAUAAUAAUAAUAAUAAUAAUAAUUAAUAAUAAUAAAUUAUUUAUACCCCGCCCAUCUGGGCGGCUUCCAACAAAACACUAAAAUGCAAUAACCUAUUAAACAUUAAAAGCUUCCCUAAACAAGGCUGCCUUCAGGUGUCUUCUAAAAGUUUGGUAGUUAUUUUUCUCUUUGACAUCUGGUGGGAGGGCGUUCCACAGGGUGGGUGCCACUACUGAGAAGGCCCUCUGCCUGGUUCCCUGUAACUUGGCUUCUCGCAGCGAGGGAACCGCCAGAAGGCCCUCGGCGCUGGACCUCCGUGUCCGAGCAGAACGAUGGGGGUGGAGACACUCCUUCAGAUAUACUGGACCGAGGCCGUUUAGGACUUUGAAUUGUGCUCGGAAACAUACUGGGAGCCAGUGUAGGUCUUUCAAGACUGGUUAUAUGGUCUUGGUGGCUGUUCCCAGUCACUAGUCUACCUGCCGCUUUCUGGAUUGGUUGUAGUUUCUGGGUCACCUUCAAAGGUAGCCCCACAUAGAGCGCAUUGCAGUAGUCCAAGCGAGAGAUAACCAGAGCAUGCGCCACUCUGGCGAGACAAUCUGCAGGCAGGUAGUGUCUCAGCCUGCGUACCAGAUGGAGCUGAUAAACAGCUGCCCUGGACACAGAAUAAUAAGUUAAUUAUUAAACUUAAAUAAUAAGUUUAUUAUUAUUAUUUAUUCCUAGGUUCUAAAACACCAAUAAAAAAGCCAUAGGAUGCUGCCUUAUAAUGAUCCAGACCAUUGGUUUAUCUUGCUUAGUGUUGUCUACACUGUCUGGCAGCAGCGCCCUGGGGUUUCAGAAAAGGGUGUCUUAUCAGUCGCCCACUGUACUGCCCAGUGUGUGGAGCUUCUUAAGGGCAGCCAGUUUUGAAGGAAUCCACUGGUCUCAGAGAGUUUUAGGUGGUAUGUUUAGUGUUUUAAAAACUCCGUUAUGGUGACCACAUACUAAUCCAAAGUCUGUCUGGUUUUGCAAUUGCUCUAGAAAAUGAGAUUGUCUCAAAAUACUCUGUUUUUCAGGGUCUAACUGACACUGCAAAAAAGAACUUUGGAGGUGGCAAUACAGCUUGGGAAGAAAAGACCCUGUCAAAGUAUGAGUCCAGGUAUGGUAUGUGUAUCUUACUUUUCAAUGAGGUCAUAUCCUUGUCUGCAGCUUGUAAAAUAACUGGACUGGAUGAAAUAGUCUGUGUCAGCAGGGGACAUUUUUCUGAGAGCAAAGUUAGCAUGCUGCUAUUGUAAGAAUGUCACAUUGUGACACAUUUGAUACUUUAGUCAAGCUCCAUACUCUUAGUUUUGAACAUAUUGGCACCCUGCUGUUACUAGGUCAUAAUCGCACAAAUGUCUUUCACGCAUUUCUGUAAAAAGUAGAAUAUUGUUCUGGGUUAGGUGUUGAAAACGUCUGUGGCCCAAUUUCAGCAUACAUCUCUGCUGACAUUCUCCCUCCUCCCUGCUUCUGUGUAUUUUCUCCUUCUUUGGCUAUCUCUAACCAUACCUUGCCAUAACAUCUGAAAUGGGCAAAACCACAAGAACAACCACCCUUGAGGAAUUGUGUCCAAAUGUUGCAGAACAUUGUUUUGAAGUGAGCUUUCAGCCCACAGUGUGGGGAAUAUAAUAAUAACUAAUAUUUUUUAAAAAAAUUAUAUCCCAUCCAUCUUGCUGGGUUUUCCCAGGCACUCUGAGCGGCUUACAACAUAUGUAAAAACACAACAAAGCAUCAAAUGUUAAAAACAAAAUAUUUUGUACAAGCAAAAAACAAACAUAAAUAGAAACCAAUAAUAACAAUAAUAAACAGUUCACAGUUAUACCCAAAUUUAAAUAACCGCCAACCCUGACCAAACAUUUAACUAAUAUCAACCCAACAAAAACAAAACAGAGGAACCAAAAUUAGAACUGUUGAAAACAUUUUAGCCAGUUGCCCCAACCCAAGAAUAUCUUGGUUAAUGCUAACCAUAGUUUUCCUAACUCGGAUAUCACAGCAAACUAGAUAGAGCGAACCAAGAAUGGGAGAGCUGAAGGGGAGGACCGCACAAAUGCAGAGAACAGUCUUCCUGCUGGGACUUUCUACACAAAUCCACUGAAUUCCUGGAAGACAGCUUAAAUUGCUUUGGCUGUUCAAGGGCAGUGGUUCAGUGUAGUGGCAGUUCUGUGGACCAACUUUAAGGUAGAGACGAAGGAGAGAAAGGAACCUUUAUAGCAGAGGUGGGAUACUUGUGACCCUCACCAAAGUCCUAGCCAGGAUGGUCAAGAAUCGGGGAUGAGCAGAGUUACAGCCCAACAACAUCCAAUGGACCGCAGGUUCUGCAUCCCUGCUGUGAGCCCCGAGCACAGUUUCUUUGCAGGGGAAAUACGAGUUGCUUCAAAGAGUCUGAUCCAGGACAGAGGGGAUGUAGUUGGGAGCAGUAGUGGGGCAGGAAAAGAAGGGAGAACAUGGGCUUACUCUUGCGUAGCCCCAGGCUUCCUGAAGCCUUAUUGCAAGGAUUCAGAAGUUCCUUGUUUGAGAGUUCCCAGGUUCUCUUUCAACACAUGCUCUGAUAUGAAUGCUUAUCUCUCCCUUUGGCAUUUGCUAAGUAUAUUUCAAGAUUAAAUAUUCUAUAAUUAAAGCGGUAAAGGCACAGCUUUCUUUGCUCUUGACCUUGCUGGGUGUAUUUUGAGCUUCCUGUUGAUUGCAUAUGCUGCACAAAAAAUGCUUCAGAAUAAUAAUAAUAAUAAUAAUAAUAAUAAUAAUAAUAAUAAUAAUUUAUUAGUAUUUAUACCCUGCUCAUCUUGCUGGGCGGCUCCCAACAGAAUAAUAACAAUAAGAAUAAAUAAAAAGCAAUAAAAUUUCAAACAUUAAAAACUUCCCUAAACAGGGCUGCCUUCAGAUGCCUUCUAAAAAUCAGAUAGUUUGAGUCUGAGUAGUAACAGAUUGCUUUGCUGAUCUGCACCAGUAAGGUAUCAUCUAAGACAAUUUUGCUUAAAUGUAUCACUUCUACCCUGAGCAAAAGUUGGACUUUAAUUUUGGAAAGUUUACAGCUGAUGGAAUAACAGAAAUGAAUAGUGACUCUAAUAUUCUUGACCCUUUCUUAUAGAAAUGUGUUUUCAUUUGUAAAGUUAGUGCUGAAUUAGAACUCAGCAAAAUAAACUGAUUUGUCUUGGGUCUUUUCCCCCCACGCAGUGAAAUUCGUCUUGUGGAAAUAAUAGAGAACCUCUGUGACAGUAGUAACUUUGAAUGCAACAACAUGGUAGAAGAGCAUGAAGAACAUAUAGAAACCUGGUGGUUCAAAUGGUAAGAAAGAAACAAGGCAAUAUUUUUUGUUGUGUUGCGUUCAGGAUUGGAUUCAAGAGAAGUGUAAAUUAAAGACUGGAUAUAAACUUCCUGGAAAGCAAUAAAUUUUCAACCUGUGUUGAUAAAACCAGCUUCUUGUAUAUUGUUAGCUUGGUAACUACUAAUUUUAUGAGAUUCACUAUAAUAUUUAUUAUUAUUAUUAUUAUUAUUAUUAUUAAUAAUACUCCACCCCAGCCACUCUGGGUGGCUCCCAACAGAAUUUACAUCACAAUAGAACAUCAAACAUUAAAAACUUUCCUAAACAGGGCUGCCUUCAGAUGUCUUCUAAAAGGCCCUCUGCCUGGUUCCUUGUAACCUCACUUCUCCCAGUGAGGGAACUGCCAGAAGGAGCUGGACCUCAGUGUCCGGGUUGAACAGUGGGGUUGGAGAUGCUCCUUCAGGUAUACUGGGCCAAGGCCGCUAGUCAUAAGUAUAUGCAAGGCUUGGUAUUGCGUCAGGGUUUGUUCUUUCUCACAGUGAUGAUUUCAAAAUACUUAAAGGCACUUUCACAAUCGUGCAUGCUAAUUGAGGUCCAAAUGGGAUUGGCGCUCUUGUUUUUCCACCUCAGCUAAAGCACAAGCAGAUCAGGGUUUUAUUCUGCAGACAUCGAUCCAAACAGAGGUGGGUCACAAUUGGUGAUACCACAUUAGAGAAGUGAAAAUUGCAGUAAGUGGGGAAACCAUUCUGAGCUACAUUUCUUUAUUGAUUUCUCAAUCUGGCAGUUAGGAAAAGCAUGUAAAGCAGAUGGCUUGUUGUGUCGAGUUGUUGCAUCCAUAACAAGUGAACCAGUCUGAGCUUUCGCAUGGCCAACGUUGAUGGUUGCCAGUCUCUUUUGAGCUGGCUUAGUAACGUGCAAGAAGAACCAAUUUCAUGCUUGAGUAUCUUGUGAAAGCAUGGUAUGGGCUUGCCUAGUAACCUUUAGGUUACCAUUAAUGUUGCCUAUUAGUGCUGCUGUAAUGCACAUGUUAACAUUCUAGAGCAUUACUUAGUAGGAUUCCAUAAGGUUCUUAUUAAUUCCAGAUCACUUCUGCUCAGUUUGCUACUAAAGAAGAUAUUUUAUCUAACUACCAGCCAUGACAGCUCCACCAGGAAUCAGAAGGGCAAGUUGUUCCUCCUUUUAUAUCAUCACUUAGCUUUAGAGACUACAAACCGGUGUUCUACCUUCAGUUAAACCAACCUGCACAAUUUAACAUUUUGUUCACAGAGACUUUUAUAAAAUGCAUACCUGCUUAACAAUUUUGUGUGGGGUCCUUAGAAUGAGAAUGGGGAUUCAAGUUAGAAUUCAACUUGGUUCUUUUGAACUCGAUGGGUUGAUGAGUCAGUAAGGAAUUUUUGAAAAGCACACAGAUAAUCAUAAAGUAGUUUUGGUUCAUCUUUUAUGAUAAUCCAAACCCUUUACCUCUUCCAUUAUGCCCAGAUUACAGUGGUACCUCAGGUUACAUAUGCUUCAGGUGACAUACGCUUCAGUUUACAGACUCUGCUAACCCAGAAAUAGUGCUUCGGGUUAAGAACUUUGCUUCAGGAUGAGAACAGAAAUCGUGCUGCGCGGCGGCAGCAGGAGGUCCUAUUAGCUAAAGUGGUGCUUCAGGUUAAGAACAGUUUCAGGUUAAGAACGGACCUCCGGAGCGAAUUAAGUACUUAACCCAAGGUACCACUGUAUCAUAAAAGAUGCAGGAGGAAUGGAUUAAUAAUAGGACCCACAAAGGGGAGGAUGGAAGUCCAAGAGAUUUCUUGGAAUCUUGUUUUUAUAAUUUAUGUUUGAUAUAUCUUUGUAAAAUGUUAAGUUGAAAAAACCAAAUAAAUAAAUUUAAAAAUAAAGUAGUGUUGGUUCAAAACAGGGAGGUGGUAUGACUGUGCUUAAUACAGUUUGGGUGGUGCACACACAUUCUUUCAUAUGCUAGAGUGUGUUGUGGAUGUUAUUUAAGCAAUAAAUCUAGAAAAAUGUGUGAUUAUAAUGGUAACCAAUAGUUACAUCUCUGUAUAGGCUAUUAUCACCUCCAAGCAUAACAUAUGCCAAGGUGCUGAAGUUUGCAGCAGCUGACAAAAUAUCAAUUUUGUUGUCGAGAUUCAUAUUAAUAUUUUCCUUCAGAAAUUUCACAAGUUCUCAUCCUUAAUGCAGAGUUUCUUGUGACAUCUGAAAAUUUGGGACAUAGUUACUUGUGCUUUUGAUUGUGUUAAUUAGAUAAGGAAAUGGCUCCUUAUUAUAAUAAUAAUAAUAAUAAUAAUUUAUUAUUUAUACCCCGCCCUUCUGGCCAACUUUCAUGAUGAAGUUGUAUCACCUUUCAACUAUUGUUCUUUGGUAACAUAGCAUUCCUACAAAUGAAUGAUCAGCCCCAAGCACAGCAUUUGGCAGAUAUUUAUUUUUAUUUUAUUUUUAAAAAAGCUUUGUUACAUUUAAAGACAAGCCAGACACAUCUCAAAAUGUUCAAGGCAUCCUAAGAGAGAUCCUUACUUCUGUCCAUUCAUCACUGCAAAAUAGGUGUAGCCAUAUGAAUUUAAUGUCAUGAGGGAGGAUAUUUGUGACUACAGUGGUGCCUCGCAAGAUGAAAUUAAUCCGUUCCACGAGUGUCUUCGUCUAGCGUUUUUUUUCGUCUUGCGAAGCAACCCUAUUAGCGGCUUAACGGAUUAGCGCUAUUAGCGGUUUAGCGGCUAUUAAAGGCUUAUCGGUUUAGCGGAUUAGCUGCCAAAAGGCUAUUAAAGGCUUAGCGGCUUAGAUAAAGGGGGGGGGAGCGAAAAAAAAAUCUCAAGACUCGCAAGACAUUUUCGUCUUGUGAAGCGAGCCCAUAGGGAAAUUUGUCCUGCGAAGCAACUCAAAAACGGAAAACCCUUUCGUCUAGCGGGUUUUCCGUCUUGCGAGGCAUUCGUCUUGCGGGGCACCACUGUAUUUCUUAACCCACAAACAUGAAACAUAAAAUGAGACUUGCAUAGAGGGUUGUAUCCAACUGAGCCAUACUAAGAGUAGACCCACUGAAAUCCUUUUGUUUGUCAGUGUUCUCUCAGGUAUGAUUUAGUCAGAUACACCCCAGAAUGCUUAAUCUUUUUCUUUCCCUUCCCUUUUUGCAAAGAUGUGAAUCAUUACUGUUCACUUUGAUACUAGAACUCACUUAGCUACUAUUAUUCACUGUAGCUCUUCACAGGGAAUUGGCACUCAGCCAACCAAGCAGGAUUUAAGCACCUCUCAUCAACUGAUGCACGGGGUUCAAUACCAACCCCUUCCUGAAUCUGGCAGCCCAAACCACCUGUGAAAUUUGGCCCUAUGAUGAGGAUCUGACCCGUGAAAUAUGGCCUAAUGAUGAGGAUCUGGCCGUGAAUUUUGGCCCAGUGGUGAGGAUUUGGCCUGAUGAUGAGAAUCUGGCCAUGAAAUUUGGCCCAUUGAUGAGGAUUUGGCCCAUUGAUGAGGUUCUGACCAUGAAAUAUGGCCCAAUGAUGAGCAUCUGGCUGUGAAAUUUAGCUCAAUGAUGAGGAUUUGGCCCAAUGUGGAGGAUCUGGCUGUGAAAUUUGGCCCAAUAGUGAGGAUCUGGCUGUGAAAUUUGGCCCAAUGAUGAGGAUUUGGCCCGAUGAUGAGGUUCUGGCCAUGAAAUAUGGUCCAAUGAUGAGCAUCUGGCUGUGAAAUUUAGCUCAAUGAUGAGGAUUUGGCCCAAUGUGAAGGAUCUGGCUGUGAAAUUUGGCCCAAUUAUAAGGAUUUGGCCAAAUGAUGAGGUUCUGGCCGUGAAAUUUGGCCCAGUGGUGAGGAUUUGGCCCGAUGAUGAGAAUCUGGCCGUGAAAUUUGGCCCAAUGGUGAGGAUUUGGUCCAAUGAUGAGGUUUUGGCCGUGAAAUUUGGCCCAGUGAUGAGGAUUUGGCCCAUGAAGCCAAAAAACUUUCCACACCCUUGAUCUACACUGGCCAGCAGCAGAUAUCCAGGAUUUAAGUCAGGGGAUAUUCCUAGCCCUCUCUUGAGAUGCCAGAGCUUGAACCUGGGAAUUUCUGCAUACAAAGCGGAUGCUGUGUCCUGAGCCCUUCUCCCUCAGCCAAACUGCACCCUGGGGGUAAAGAUGACUGUUCGCAUUGGCAGAAUACCUAGUGCUACAUUGGAAUGCCACCAUAGGAAUGUUUGCAAUAGUGGUGAGCUUAAUAUAGCAUCUUGCAGCCUCUGACGGCUCGGGCAAAACCAGUAGUGUAUUGGAGGUAAGUGAGACAAAGCUGACCAAAGCAGGCUGCCACUUUUAGCUCUCUCCUUCCAUCACAGGUCUUUUGUUUCUAUUUGAAGAUGUGUUUGCUUGACACACUGGACUGUUUGGCGGCUGAUAUAUCAAAUUUAAGGUUGCAAAUGCUGAAGGUUGAGGCGAUAAAGCUGCAGGUUGACCCCACCCCACGAACCCAUUUUCACCACACUCUUCCAAAAUCCAGUGCCGCCUCUUAUCUUAAAAAGUGCCACUUCUCCUGUAGAGAACGGGGCUCAGUUUUAGAAGGGCUUUUCUCCCCAUAGCAGGGGAAUGAGGAGGUCUGCUCUCUGGCUGAGUGUUUUCCUACCUGUAGUGUGUGUCUUACCCACCUAGCUAUGUGUGGACCAUAUACCGUAUUUUUUGCUCUAUAAGACUCACUUUUUCCCUCCUAAAAAGUAAGGGGAAAUGUGUGUGCGUCUUAUGGAGCGAAUGCAGGCUGCGCAGUUAUCCCAGAAGCCAGAACAGCAAGAGGGAUUGCUGCUUUCACUGCAUAGCGAUUCCUCUUGCUGUUCUGGCUUUGGAGAUUCAGAAUAUUUUUUUCUUGUUUUCCUCCUCCAAAAACUAGGUGCGUCUUGUGGUUUGGUGCGUCUUAUAGAGCGAAAAAUACGGUAUGUUUAUGUGUGUUGGAUGUGCAAUUCUGCACUGGCCAACCCAAUGGUUAGGUACCUCUGUCUUAAAAGGUGUCUGUCUGGUGUGUGUGUGUGUGUGUGUGUGUGUGUGUGUUUGCAGACACCCCCAAGUUGCCCUCUCCACCCUGGGCACUCCCAGAGGGGAAGGGAAUACUUCUUGUAUUUCUAUUGUGACAUCAGUUGGUGGUCUCUCGACCUCCACUAUAAACCUGGGAGCCAAGUUUCUUAUCUUGAAAGAUGCUAGAAGGUGAAAAAGUACCAGAUCAGUCAUGAUGGACAAUCUAAUAUCGCUGGCUAUGCAUAUUUAUUGCACACUGUACCUGCUUCCCCAUCUAAACCCUCCUUGACAAUUUUAAUUGACGUUCUCUAGAACUUUGAUUUCAGUAAGUUCAGACUAAUGAUAAUAAUACAAUUGGAUGUGAACAGAACUCUUAUCUUCUGCUCAAGAAAUACAUUUUUAUUUUGUUUGUAUUUACAGGAAGAAGAAAUCUCCUGAUUUGUUUAAGUGGCUUUGUAUAGAAACAAUAGAAGUUUGCUGUCCUGCUGGAACACAUGGUCCAGACUGUGUUGGUAAUUAAACGACAAUAAUAAAAUAUUGGGGUAUCUUUAAUCAUACACAGAAGCUUUCAUUUAGUUCUAGCCUUUUACUAUCAUUGAUUAGUUCGAUUCAAAAUACAAUAGAAGGUCUCAGUUUCAAUAGCCGGCAUCUCCAGGUAAGGCUGGGAGACACUCCCUGCCUGAAACACAGAAGAGCAGCUGCUGGUCAGUGCAAACAGUAGUGAGCUAGAUGGACUAAUGGUCUGACUUGGUAUAAAGCAGUUUCCUAAGUUCCUACGGCUAUGUCUGGUGAUGUGAUGGUGGAAGAAGAAAGAUGCUUCUGUGAGCUGCCUGAGCUGCGGUUCUCCCAGCAAACAUAGGGAAGGUGCCUAGUAGGCCAUUACGGGGGGAGGGGGGAUGUGUGCCGAGGAGGGAGCGGUUACAGCCAGUUUAGAAGUGUGGAAAUGGUGUAUGACGAACAUGUGCUUUGGGUUAUUGGCUCGCACAAGUGGAUGGGCUACUUGGAGCCCUUGUUGGGUCAGUAGCAAGACAGUUCAUAGGCAUGUGGAAUCUCAAAAACCAACAGGUUAUAUUGUGGCAUAGGGUGUUAUUGCUAGGGGAGUCUCUGCAUCAGGGCACAGUUCGUUGAAAAAGUUGAGCUAAGCUGAAAGGUUUGGAGAGGCAAAAAUGCAAGGCAUUUUGGGAGGGGGUGGGAGAAAAAUCACAGCAUGUUCAGGCCACAGAGGGCUCACUGCAGUAGCGUUAGCUGCAGAGGCUUUUCAUCCCCCCUGCCCUUUUAGAUUCUUCUUCUUCUUCUGGUUGCUGUGGUGGUGUUCCUCCUAAGUAGCUCGCCACCCAUUGGGGGGGGCAACCUGCAAAUGCGCCUUCAAAAAUAGGGACAGAAUAUUUUCAGCACAGCUUUAGUAAGAAGCAAAGGGAAAAACUUUUUGUGAAGAGGCUUGUGAAUGUUGAUCAAGAGGCUGCAGCGAGAAAAGUGGCCAUGGGGAGAAAAUAUUGUCCGGCUUUGUUCACGUGAAAUUCUUAAACUUGCUGUUUUUGUGUUAAUCUAAGCUUGCCGCGGAGGAUCAGAAAGACCUUGCCACGGAAAUGGCAACUGUGCUGGAGACGGCACCCGAGGUGGCGAUGGAUCCUGCCGCUGUAAAAGGGAAUACCAAGGAGAAUUUUGUUUGGACUGCUCCGACGGCUACUACAACUCUCACCGAAAUGACACACAUUCCGUUUGUACAGGUACGCCUGCAUGCUUUACAUUUAAAGCCUUUAUAACAGUCCGGAGAACUGUAAUUGCUUCCGCACAACAAAGGGGACUUUGGACUGGAGUUUCUCCAGGGACAUUUUGCUUUGUUGUGCGAGAAGCUGUUUGUGAGCUGGCAUGGGAAAAGAAAAGUCAGAAGUCCGGUUAGAUAUAACACGGAACCGUGGGCAUGCCCAGUUGCUUGCAAGAUUUCGGGCAGUGCUUUUUACGGUUAAAUUGUCGCUAAAUAUUUCUGAACUUUCUAUAUUUCAAUCCAGGAGUGGUCCGUGAGGAGGGUCGGUGCCAUGCUGCUGGAGCCACUGCUGCUUACUAGCAGAAGGAAGGGCAAGCUGGCAAGGGAGGUUGUUGCUAGCCAGGCACGACUGUUAGUCUAGCUCUCUCCCCCUGAUGUGUCUUCACAGCACCAUCUCAACCCUCUCCCAGUAAGUGGCACCACCUCUCUCCUCACUGACUGCUCCCGAUCCACAUCCCAGAUUAGCUAGAACAAGCACAGUCCAUGGAAAGAAGAUAAGGUCCCUAGCAGAGAAGAAUGCCAGAUCAAGUUGAUGGACUAUGCCAAAGUGACAAGAAUCAGAAAUCAGGAAGGCCAAAAUUUUAAUAAGCAAUGGGGAAAAUUUAUAAUCUAUCUUAAAAACCAUUGUAAAUAGCUAAAACCAUUAGCGGGAUUGGAAUAACACUUGUAGUUUAGUGGUGAAUUUUGGAAAUACAGUGGAAGCUCUAUUCACAACCAAAGUCUGUUCUGGAGGGCCUGUACUUAUGGCGAAAUGGGUUGCUGGUAGCAGCGCCAUUGUGCACAGGCGCAAUCGGCGGCAGCCUGCUUCUGCGCAUGUGCAGACAGUGGCAGCCGCUUCUGCGUGUGGGUGAAUCGCAGCAAACCCGGUGUUUACUUCCGGGUUUCUCGUGGUCGCAACUUGGAAUGGGCCUAACUAGAGCGGGACAUAAAUAGAGGUUCUGCUGUAAUGGAGAUGCAAAAGAUUUGGAUUAUUAUAAAAGAUGCAGGAGGAAAUGAUUAAGACCCACAAAGGGGAGGAGGGAAGGCCAGGAAAUUCCUUGGAAUCUUGUCUUUAUAUUGUAUGUUUGUGAUUGUAAAAUUUUAAUUUGAAAAACCAAAUAAAUAAAUUCUUAAAAAAGAACAAGCACAGUCCUAUACUUGUCUACUCAGAAGUAAGCCUUAUUGAAUUCAAGUAAGUGAGAAUAGGAUUAUAGCCGUAAUCUCACUUUAUUCCGUCAAAGCCAAACUGUUUUGCUAAAGUGGAAGAAGAAACCCAUCCUGUGUGUCUUGUUGAUCAGAACCCAAAAACAGUGGAGUCAUUAUUUGGGUGAUAACCUGAUAGCCUUUUUCAGUUUGCACGCUAACUACUUGUUCCACUGCUUUUAUAAGGUAGUGCUUUAUGUAACUUCGUAACGUUGCUACUUAUUUUACCGCGUUAAUUAAAUAACAUGCCAGGAUGUGCAAACAUUUCACGAGCCAAUUCACAUGCAAUUAUUUGCAUUAUCGAUGCCUCUGAAGUAACCCUAGAAUCAGUUUAACUAUAUAACGUAAACCUAGAUUCGGUUUUAAAUGUGCUCGCCAGGAUCUGAAAUGAAGUCUCGAGUCUUUCUCUGUCUUCACAGCUUGUCAUGAUUCUUGUAAAACGUGCAGUGGAGCAACAAACUCAGACUGUAAGGAAUGUAAAGAAGGUUGGACCAGAAAUGAAGACGCCUGUGUGGGUUAGUAAGACAUCCAAUAGAAAACAAAGCAUUCAGUUUAGAGAAGACCUAAGACCUAAUAUAUAAUAUAUAACAUGUUUAUAAUCAUACACAUGUAGAUACUUGUCUUUGUGCCAUUUCUCCCCCACCCCAGUCAUCUUAACUGAAAGUUAAAAAGUACAUACAGUCGUACCUUGGAAGCCAAACGCCUUGGCACUCAAACGUUUUGGCUCCCGAACUCAGCAAACCCGGAAGUGAGUGUUCCGGUUUACGAACGUUCUUUUGGAACCCGAACAUCCGGCGUGGCUUCCGCGGCUUCCAAUUGGCUGCAGGAAGCCACACCUUGGUUUCAGAACGUUUUGGAAGUUGAACAGACUUCCGGAACGGCUUCCGUUCGGCUUCCAAGGUACGACUGUAAUUAUACAUGUACUAAACAUGGUGAGACAUAAAUAGAAAAGAAAAAGAAAAGAAGAAGGGAAAGUAAAGGGCCUUUUCUCAAGCAGAGAUGCAUUUACAUAGAUUCAGCUGCUGGGUUGCAGAACACUGUUUUUAUCUAAACAAGUUUGGAGCUGGGAGGACUUCUCCGAUCCAGGCUUACAGCUGUUGGUUUCAGUUUGCUUUUUAACUAGUUGACCCACUAAAUUAUUGGUUGACCCUCCUGAUUUUGUUACAUAUGAAGCGGAAGAUUACAGAAGUCUGUUGGUUCCUGAUGUGCCUUUUGUUUUAUUGAAUCGUUUCAAGGCUGUUACCUGCCACCUCUCCGUCGAAUGCCAAAAUACAGCAUUUCCAAUCGAAAGCAGUUGGAAAAAAUCUAUCGACAAAUUCAAAUAACGAUCAGACGUUCACCAAGAAUGGCAUAGUAUAAAUGCAAGGGUACGGUUCAAUAGCGCAAUCCCCACUUAACUGCAUAUCAAAAACAGAAAGCAAGUGCAAAGUCAAUGAAUGAAAAAGCUAAACCACCCCUUGCUACUACUAGUCUCCUUUGUAAAGCUUGGUUUGAAUCUGGAUGGGGAACUUCUGGCUCCACAGAAUUUGGCAGAUGGAAAGGAAAGGAAAAUCACAUCAAUCCAAUGCCAUUUGGAAAAUGGGUUUAUCAUAGAAUUGCAGCAUUGGAAGCCCCCCCCCCCGAGGGUCAUCAAAUCCAGCCCCCUGCAAUGCUGGAGUCUUUUGCCCAACAUGGGUCUCUACCCUGAGAUUAAGAGUCUAGUGCUCUACCGACUCAUGACUUUAAAAGAUACAUUUUUGGUGAAGUAAUGCAUGCCAUUGUAGGGGUCAGACUAGGUCACAUGCAAGGGUAAGAAGCUCAUGGUUUCCCUCUUAUUCAUCCUCUGAUUUCCUACAUUCCUUUCUAGCCUGUGCAAAUCACGGUCUCCAAACAAUUUGAUGAGGCUGAAGUGGGAAAGAAGAAUCAACAGCCCUCCCCUUAUAUGCAUAAUAAGCACUUUCUGUUCAUGAGCAGAUCUCUUUGGAACCAGACAUUCCUCCCCCCCGCCCCCUUUGAAGCAUUCUGUUCAUAUGGCAAUGCUAACUUUCCAAAUUUAUGUUCACCUUUGCAGAUGUGGAUGAAUGUGCCGUAGAAGAGUCUCCAUGCAAUACGGACCAAUUUUGCUUAAACACAGAGGGCUCUUUCUCCUGCAAAGGUUUCUUUUCCAUAUAUCUAUAUAUUUAACCUUAAGUUGUAGCUUGCUUAAUUAUAUAAGAGCUGAAACAAAUGUCAGAUUUGUUGCGUGAAAACCAUCGAUAGAUGUUCAUGUUUAAAGACAAGCUUGUCACGCUUCCUUUGGCAUAAACAGAUGUACAGUGGUACCUCGGUUGUCGAACGUAAUCCAUCCCAGAAGACCAUUCGACCUCCAAAACGUUUGAUAACCAAGGCUCAAUGGGCGAUCGGAAAAUUACAUUGAAAAAAUAGGGAAAUGCACCUCAGAAAGCCAUUCGACUUCCAAGGUGCAUUCGAAAACAGAAGCAGUUACUUCCAGGUUGUCGGUGUUCAGCUUCUGAAAUGUUCGGCAGCCGAGAUGUUCAGCAACCGAGAUUUGACUGUAUAUACUUUCUGGGUUUGGUUUGGAGUGAGGUGUAACUAUGGUACAUCUCAAGUGGGAUGCUUGUUGUGGCUUCCCCACCACCCGAAAUUGUGAAUCUUAGUGUUUGUCCUCAAGUAGAAAACUACAGUGGUACCUCGGGUUUGUUGGGAUACUGCCAGGGAGAUAAAGUCCAUCAUGGCCCCAAGCCGGCUGCCGGACAAUCCAUCGACCUCCAGUAGUCACGCAGUAUCAGCAAUUAGCGACAUGAGCUCCAGAACAUUCUAGAGCCGAUGCACACUCUUUAUCAGCAGAUAAUGCACAGCAGAAGUCGCACUCAGGAGAGCAUUAUUUACAAGUUUAUUCAGCGUUGAUCAGAACACAGAAAAACAUGACUGCCUGCUUUAGUGUCUACGACACAGAGAGAGAAACGAAAGCAAUAGCAAACAUAAACAUCCUGUGAACAGGACAUGCGCAGACUCUGUGACUCACAGCCUGCUCCCUUUUAAGGUGGAACGGAAAUAUCCUAACAGGGUUAAGUACUUUAUUCGUUCCAGAGGUCCGUACUUAAGCUGAAACUGUUCUUAAUCUGAAGCACCACUUUAGCUAAUGGGGCCUCCUGCUGCUGCCGCGCCGCCAGAGCAUGAUUUCUAUUCUCAUCCUGAAGCAAAGUUUUUAACCUGAAGCACUUAUUUCUGGGUUAGCGGAGGCUGUAACCUGAAGCAUAUGUAACCUGAAGCAUAUGUAACCCAAGGUACCACUGUACACGGAGAAAUAUAAUACGUGAGCUACAUGGAUACACUAUGCUGUGAUUCAGUGGCUCUGGGAAAUGUCUCUGCGAUUGCAGGAACCCUAGUAAAGUAAUUGUGUAGCAACACUUCUCACAUUUAAUUUCUGCAGGUAGAAUUUGAUGUCACACUAAGGUGACAGCACCCACAUUUCCCCUUGCCAGAUAGAACAAUUUCCCCUCUCUCCUUGCCACGUGCUGCUCUGGGGGUUCCCUUGACCCACCUCCAGAGUGAUCAGAAUGUGUCUUCAUGGAUAUUGGCAUCACCAGGGAGGGGGAAGGAAUGCAGCUAGAAAGCGAUCCUUAGUAAAUAAUUUUGAGAGAAAGGAAAAGGCACCCAAAUAGGGGAGAAUGAUAUGAACAGGGCAGGAUAGAAGAUAAUGAGAUCUCAAAAGAGAAGCAAGGAGUUAAAUAUAUUAGUUGAAUUGUGGCCAUUUUCCCAUUGAUGACAGUAGUCUUGGAAAAUUAACAGAAAGGUUUUUGUAAUGUUGUUGCUUCCAACUUCAUGUAUAUUUAGUUGGCUAGCAGUGUUAACAGAAAGCCGAAAGGUUGAACUGCAAAUAUCUGUUUCCUGCUUGGCAGGGGGUUGGACUCGAUGGCCCUUGUGGUCUCUUCCAGCUCUAUGAUUCUAUGAUUCUAAGAGCAUUCGCACAUGUACUGUUCUUUCCGGGGUUUGCGUAGCUUUGCCUCAAGCCUGAGUGUAGCCGUUGUGGUCUUCCAAGUAAUGUUACUGCUUGCCUAAUUUGUACAUAGACAUUUGUUGUUUAUUGGUUAGAUUUCUUACUGCCCUUCACAAUCCCUUUGCAACAAUAUAUUCAUAGCAUUCAAUACAAGCUUAAACGGGUUUAUAAACUUAUAAAAAUAAAUUAAAGGAUUCUGUACGCAAAGCAGCACCAUGUAGGUUAAACGCAAUAGGUGGGUCCGACAAAAAUUAGCUUCAGUUUGUUCUGUAAGCAAGUUUUCACCUUAGUUUACAGUGAUUUUAAAAAGUUCCAUUUUAUGUUUCAGCAUGCGAUCGGGGCUGCUUGGGAUGCACAGGAGAAGGGCCCAGCAAAUGUAAAAGCUGCGUACCUGGCUAUGAAAUGAAAGAUGAAAAAUGCACAGGUUAGAUUUCUACUUUUUUAUGAAAGUCAGAGUCAAGACACAACUCUAAAAGCCUGGGAGAACAAAAAAAAGUAUUUAAUUGCUACCAAAAAGGCAAGAAUGUGUUCCUGAUUUCCAGGGAGGAGAAUUUCAUAAGUCAUUUUAAGCAUGUUCUAUAUGCUUGAAUUUUUAAUUCCUACACUUCAAACUAGGCCUGCAAAACACAAAUACUCAUAUUUAUUUGUGUUUGUAUGUGUGUUUAUUGAUAUCAAUAAACAGCAGCUGGCUACGGUUCAAUGAUUAUCGGUGUGGAAAUUGCUUCUUUCUGCGUAAUCUUUGUCGCUGCUUGUAUAUGUGAGCAAAUAAAGUAAAAGAAACAGAACAUUUGUAUUAGAACAUUUUUAUCCGUGUGCAUUUGCACCGAAUUAAACUUUUCGCGAUACUCUUUCCCUUUUUAAAAUAGAUGUAGAUGAAUGUACCUCGUCCGAAAAGGUGUGUGUAAGAGAAAACGAAGACUGCGUUAAUACCGCAGGGGGUUACAAAUGUGUCUGUUCCGAGGGUUUUCAAGAUGAAGAUGGCUCUUGCGUUGCAACGGUAAAGGGAGGUCAGUGGCUGUUUGUUACCGAAGGUUUUGCAGGCUAUUGGUAGGGUAAUGUAGCAAAUCCAGUGUUAAUUGCACAACUGCUGCUGCAUAAUCGUCUCAGCCUCCCUUGCAUUUUCAAUCACCGUUCCCCAGCCAGAUCUAACCUUUCUCAUUUUGAUUCUUUUGCAUUAUUGGUCCAGUGUGAUGUCUUGGACUAGGAUUGGAAAGGCUAAUUUCUAGGUCUUCACCCAGCCAUGAAUCUCAUUGAGUGACCUUGCACCAGUUAAUCCAACCAUCUUCACGGGUGGAGGGGGUGUUUGAGCAUAAAAUGUCUUAGGUUGCAUCAUGCCCACUGCCAUGAGCUCCUUGAAGGAAUUAGGAUAAAAAUAUAGCAAAUAAGUCCUCCACAUACACUUCUUUUUUGUAUAAUUUUUUUAUUAAGUUUUUCUGCUUCACAUUUUAGAAUACUCAUUUAAACAACCUUAAAAUAUCAAUGAUUUCCAUUCUUUCUUUCCAUGGUUCAUUUUACAUAUCAUAGAUCCCUGCGUAUUUUGCUUAAACUAAACCAUUCAGUAUUCCAUUGUUACAACCAUCAAAAUUUAUUUACACUGUUGAAUUUAUCUUAAUGCUGCCAACAUUUUCCAAAGUAGUAGUAACAGUCAUAAUUUAUUAUUUAUACCCGCCCAUUUGGGCGGCUCCCAACAGAAUAUUAAAAACACGAUAAAACAUCAAACAUCAAAAGCUUCCCCAAACAGUACACAAUUUUCACCCAUAUAUUCAAUAAACAUUUUCCAAUCUACUUUAAACGUAUGUUCUUCUUGCUCUCUUAUUCUAUAUGUUAAGUCUGCAAGCUGCACAUAUUCCAUCAAUUUUAGUUGCCAUUCUUCUUUGGUUAGGACAGCACUCGUUUUCCCUUUUGAGGCUAACAAAACACUCCCUAUACACUUCUUUUCCCUACAUCUGAUUUGAAAAUCCAUUAAUGGUUGGUCUUCAUGGUCCAAAAAAAUUGUCAAAUUGAAUGGCAAGCCCCUUGUAGAUUCUCAGCAGGGUCAAAUUCUUGGCAUUGCUUAAAAAACCAAGGAAAUUUGGUUGCCUUCUUUUUAAAAAAGGGGGGCUAGAUUUAGGGGUGUGCAUGAUGUGUUUUUUACCUGUGCAGAGAGCCUUUUCAGCCCGCCCCCCCUUUCAGCAGAAGCCCCCCUCCCCAGUUGUCAGAAACCUUCUGGAGUGGUAUCCUGUGAACUUGAAGAGCCCCCAGGUGAGGGUUGCCCCAUCCACCCUGGGCAGCUUCCAGCAAAUUAUAAAACCACAGUAAAACACCACACAUUAAAACCUCCUGAUACAGGGCUGCCUUCAGAUGUCUUCUGAAAGUCUGAUAGUUGUCUAUUUCCUUGACAUCUGAUGGGAGGGCGUUCCACAGGGCGGGUGCCACUACCGAGAAGGCCCUCUGCCUUGUUCCUGCCUCUUACAAAUAGUGUUAACUGUGUAGGUGUUUUGUUUUAACAAAGAUGCAUUACUUUUGACAGAAGAGGAGAUGCCCGCAAAUGUAUCUUCGUCAGAUGCCCAUGAGGAGUUAUGAUCUACAUUCCAAGAUGACAGACAUUGGUAUCAAACCUUUAAGUUAUUGGACCGAACAGCUGCCACCUGAGAUGUAAAUGGUAUUAAAUAACCUCAGGUCGCCAGUAAGUUUCUCUCUGGAACUUAAUGAUGGAUUGCCCUUUCAACUGCAUUUCUUUGUGAAACAUAAACAAUUGUCACUUUUUAUACUGCCACUGAACUACCCUAGUAGACGUUGUUGGAGAUAGAUACGUCUUUCCCCCCGGUGUAUUUGGUUAAAUUGAACGACUUAUUGCCGAGUCCUGCAAAACAUUGCUCCUUCUGUAAAUGAAAAUGAAUUGGCUAACUUAAGUACUUUUAGAUCAGGAUGGAUUUUCUACGACCAGCGCUUGUCUUUUCGAUACCAGCAAAAGGAGAUGCUGUUUUAUGGAAAAGGCUCUUCUUGCAAAUGAAAGCUGAAUGUCAAGUGCGGCAUUCAAUAAAGAUUUAUUUUGACUGCUUUGUAUUUUGUGUGCCUUGCGUGUUAGCAUCUGUUGCAUGGGGGUGUGGAGGAAUUGUUAGUUUAUAGGUGAAUCGACUUCUGCCUUAAGUCAUUCUCCUGUAGAAAUCAGCUGGUCUUUAAGAGAGAAGCCAUCUUAAUUUUUUGUCCCUUCACCAAAGGAAGAUUGUUUUUCUUUGCCUUGCUGUACAGCAGGGGUUGGGAAACUUUUUCUCUCCUGAGAGCUGAAGUCUGUUCUGGAGACCACAUGGCAGAGGUGGGCGAUGCUAAAAUUGGCAGAGCAACAAAUGCAGUUGCCCAGUUCCUGCAAACACUCGCAUAAUCCUCCGUAACCAUCUAGACAAAAGGUAUUUUCAAGAAUGCAGGGACACUUGCUAACCCGACCAAAACACUUGAGGUGCGAAGGAGGCUCAGGGAAGGGUGAGGAGAUGCUUCAGUUCAAUUGAUGCAGAGGGCUUUGCAAAAUUUGAAGAAAAUGGCUUACAACUUAGAUUCACAGACUUUUAAAAGUGGAGAAGAGAACUCUGUGACUGUUUAACUACAAAUGCACUGAACUGAUUACUGGAGAUCCACCUAGCGGCUGCUGGUUCGUCAACAGCUUUUAAAAUGCUGCUGUUAAUGCAGACAGAUUUAGGAAAUAAAAUACUGCAAACGUAAGCUUCAGGGCAUUUAUGCAAUUAGGUGGAGGGUUUGAGUAUAUUUCUCUUUUCUGGAUGCUUGUGUUAUUCUUUGGCUUCACCUGUGUUGAUGUCAUCAUGAGCUCUAAUAUAUUUUCCAAAGAAAGGGAAAAGCUGGAAGGGGCGCAGUUAUAAUUUAUUGC